AAGAGGAGGGCAGCAGGAGGUGAGGGCUCCUCCAAUGUCUUCUCCAUGUUUGAGCAGAGCCAGAUUCAGGAGUACAAAGAGGCUUUCACAAUCAUCGACCAGAACAGAGAUGGUAUCAUCAGUAAGGAUGACCUGAGAGAUGUGUUAGCCUCAAUGGGUCAGUUGAAUGUGAAGAAUGAAGAGCUGGAAGCCAUGAUCAAGGAGGCCCCAGGCCCAAUCAAUUUCACUGUCUUCUUAACCAUGUUUGGCGAGAAGCUGAAGGGUGCUGACCCCGAGGACGUCAUUGUCGCGGCGUUUAAAGUCCUGGACCCUGAGGGCACAGGCACCAUCAAGAAGCAAUUCCUUGAGGAGCUUCUGACUACUCAGUGCGACAGGUUCUCUGCAGAGGAGAUGAAGAACCUGUGGGCCGCCUUCCCCCCAGAUGUAGCUGGUAAUGUCGACUACAAGAACAUCUGCUACGUCAUCACACACGGAGAGGAGAAGGAGGAGUGAAAAGCCACAGAAUAAAGAGCAUGAGGAAUAGACAAAACAGCACCCCUUGCUGCUCUGCACUCUGUGUCU